UCGGGCUUGGUUAUUUAGCAGACGGCUAGGGAGUGUUGAAGACGAAUUUCUCUCUCGGUUUUUUGGCCAACAAAACACCUUAACGGCUCUUCAAGUGGUUAUAUCGUGUUUAUAACCGCUUUAAGGUUAUUUGCGGCAGACGAACACAGUUUCCUAUAGCAGAGCGACAGUAAUAUUUCGUUCUCGACAGGAAUUGGACGCCAUGUCUUGGCUGAUGAAAAAGAAAGAACCUGUAAACUUGGAGCAGUUUAGAGACAUUGAUGAAGAUGCUUUAGUGGAAGGUCUAUCUCCAGAAGAAAUAGCAGAUCUCAAUGCAGCCAUUGAUCCCGAGAAUGCACUGCUUCCAGUUCACGAGCGUCAAGGUAACCAGACAGACAAGGGAAGUACCGGACCAUUCGACAGACAACACCUCCUGGAUCACCUGGAAGAGCAGGCUAAGAAUGAAAAAGAACGUAGUGAUUAUGUACCAUACAAGAAGGAAACUCGCGGCAAAGUGUGGCGGCCAAAAGAGCAGCCUGGGAGAAAAGAACCUGCACCACUCCUCCCUGAUGAUCUGAGUGAAGUGUUAGAUAAUGCCACUGACGAGGAAAUGAUGGAACUGGCAGCUAUUCUUGGUGUGCACGGCAUGCUGACUCAAAACCAGAGUCAUUAUGCAGAGAAGCAGGAGGCUGGUAAAGCCCUCAGAGGUAGUGGCUUGAAGAAAUACAAACCUGGUAUCGUAAAAGCAGCAAAAAUAAAAAAGCCUGACCUUACAGCUGUGAAUGAGUUGGAUCUUGAGAAAGCCUUGGAUCAAUUGAAGAGCAAUGAUGCUAAACUCACAAAUCUAAACUUGAACAAUCAUCGAGAGGUUACCACAGAGGUCCUUGAAGAUGUAGCAAAGGCACUGAAGAAUAACACCAACCUUAAACAUCUGCAGUUGGCUAACACACAAAUGACAGACAUGACUGCUAAGUUGUUUGCAGAGGCUCUUAGUAAAAACAGUACUCUGGAGAGUAUCAAUCUUGAGUCCAAUUUUCUGACUGGAGAUGGGAUUAUGGCAAUUAUGACAGUCCUAGAAACCAGCUCCAACUUGAAGGCACUGCGGCUAGCCAACCAGUGUGCUAUAAUUGGCAGCCAAGUAGAACAGAAAAUUGUCAGCUCUUUGGAGAAGAAUACAACAUUGUUGACAUUUGGCAUGAGCUUUGACACCCAGGGACCAAGGAUCAGAGCUGCAGAGCUUAUGGUCCGAAACAAUGAUACAAUUCGACUGGACAGGGUUGAGAAUGGUGUUGAAGAUGAAGACGAUGAGGAGGAAGAGGAGGAAGAAGAAGAGGAAGAGGAAGACGAUUUGCUGCACGUGCAAAUUAUUUGUGGUAGCAANACUGACGAGGAAAUGAUGGAACUGGCAGCUAUUCUUGGUGUGCACGGCAUGCUGACUCAAAACCAGAGUCAUUAUGCAGAGAAGCAGGAGGCUGGUAAAGCCCUCAGAGGUAGUGGCUUGAAGAAAUACAAACCUGGUAUCGUAAAAGCAGCAAAAAUAAAAAAGCCUGACCUUACAGCUGUGAAUGAGUUGGAUCUUGAGAAAGCCUUGGAUCAAUUGAAGAGCAAUGAUGCUAAACUCACAAAUCUAAACUUGAACAAUCAUCGAGAGGUUACCACAGAGGUCCUUGAAGAUGUAGCAAAGGCACUGAAGAAUAACACCAACCUUAAACAUCUGCAGUUGGCUAACACACAAAUGACAGACAUGACUGCUAAGUUGUUUGCAGAGGCUCUUAGUAAAAACAGUACUCUGGAGAGUAUCAAUCUUGAGUCCAAUUUUCUGACUGGAGAUGGGAUUAUGGCAAUUAUGACAGUCCUAGAAACCAGCUCCAACUUGAAGGCACUGCGGCUAGCCAACCAGUGUGCUAUAAUUGGCAGCCAAGUAGAACAGAAAAUUGUCAGCUCUUUGGAGAAGAAUACAACAUUGUUGACAUUUGGCAUGAGCUUUGACACCCAGGGACCAAGGAUCAGAGCUGCAGAGCUUAUGGUCCGAAACAAUGAUACAAUUCGACUGGACAGGGUUGAGAAUGGUGUUGAAGAUGAAGACGAUGAGGAGGAAGAGGAGGAAGAAGAAGAGGAAGAGGAAGACGAUGAGUGAAAAAUGAUUUUAGAAAACUGUUCAUUUGCUUUUCUUCUUUAAGCUGCUAUGAAGGGUCACUUAUUGUGUGAAUUAACUUCAGGGCAACAAAGUACUUUGCAAUUAAUCAAAGCAUCUCUUUGGGAAGCAUGUACUAAGAUUCCUUGGCAAUUCUUUUUCACUUCCAUGAUUGUAGUUGGUGUUACCAAAACUAGGUGCAUGAAGUCAAGCUAGGGAUGAAAUAUAGUUUUUGUCAGUAAUUAUUUAGAUAGGUAUAACAAUAUCGAUGAAAAACCUGUAUUUGUUGCUAAUCUUAGUCUAAAGAAUGAAUGAAUCAUACACUUGUGAUUUGUCUACCUGCUGUGAGGGAGUUACUUUAAUUUAUAAUAGGCGGAUAAUUCAAACAAUUAAGCUGAGUUCUAACACAGCAUGAAUUUAAACGAUAUUCCUGUAAUGUGGAAGGAAACAAAGUUGAAUUUUACGUGAAACUUUGAGAUUCAUAUCCGCCAUAAUUGGUGCAGUUCUUCAGCAGUUGUUUUAUACCAUCCAACACUUCCUUCAUUCAGUUGCUGCACGUGCAAAUUAUGUAUGAUGGCUGCAACAAAAAUAGUUGACGUAAAAUUUGGCUUUACUUUUUCCUGUUUCGUUUGGGGAUUUCCUGCAUGUUUUAACGUCUUGUGUUGGAAUUAAAUCCCACUUGUUCCUUUCGGCUGUUCAAACACCGAAGUUGUACAUGUAUGAGCUUUAGUGUUUUUCCCUUUGCUCAUUUGUUUCGUUUCUUAGGGUUAUUUUACUAGAAAUGCUUUUCAUUUUACCGUCACUUACAUCAGCCAUAUAGCAAAUUAUAUAAUUAUGUAGUUUUGGAUUUUUUUUAGAUCGUGGGAGAAAAUCUUAAAACACAAGUGAUAGCUUUUUUGCAGUUGUGGUAGCAAUUUGUUGAAGCAGCAUGAAGAAAGGCCCAAACCAUUUUUGUUUUUGGUUUUUUUUUCAGUUUUUUCUUCGCAACUGCUUUCAAAAGUUGAUUUUCGUCUAAAACGAUUUCUGCCGCUUGUGUAGUGUAUUCCAUUCCUUGUAUUCAUUAUCGCAACGAUAUUUAUCAUGAUAAUUUUGCAUUUCUGUGUCGAAACAUGUUUGUGUACAACGAUUUUUUUUUCCAGUCAUACAACAUAUGCUUGACUUUUCAAUAAGUUGUUUCAACACUCUUCGCCGCAAGUUUCACUUCCGUGUAAUCACUGUCAUAUUUGCAAGCGAUGGCUGAGGUUAUGUUUUUAAUAUGAUAUAUUGAAUAAUCUAGUGAUUGAAAAACUGAAGUGAAAUUAAAGCUUAAUUAUGGUG